GUGACGCAUGCGCGCCGGGGAGUGUGUGUGAGGGGAAGAGUUCUCGGCGGCUGAAGUGUCGGAUCGCGGGGCUGACGGUUGGAGCGGCCGGCUGCCCAGGCAAGCGGCGCCGUGACAGGAAGCUGCUUUCCUCCGGCCUCCGGGAGGGGGGGAGCCUGAGGUCCGUUUGGAACCCCGGCGUCGGCGCGAGAUCUGGCCACUUGGAUCUGAUACAAUCCUGCAAGAGAAUUACUGAAGGUAUAUUUAAACAUGGGGACUCCUGGAUCGGGAAGAAAAAGAACACCAGUGAAAGACAGAUUCUCAGCAGAAGAUGAAGCCUUGAGUCAUAUUGCCAGAGAGGCAGAAGCACGGCUUGCAGCCAAACGUGCAGCCCGAGCAGAAGCACGAGAUAUUCGCAUGAGGGAACUGGAACGACAACAGAAAGAGCUUUCUCAGCGUUGUUACGAUAGAAAAUGGGGACAUAUCCAAAAGUGGAUGGAUGAUUCAGAGAAGGCUAAGUAUUCACACCGGCCCAGCCAUCGGUCAUACCUGGGAGCUGAUGGCUUGGUGUCCUCUCGGAAUGCUGGUAGCCACCGGAGCAUCUCAUUGGAUGUCAGUGGGUCGCACAGGAGCAGAGCAAGUACCUCUAGAAGGAGAGAUCUUGUGAGCCACAGUUAUAGUGAUUCUCAUGGUGGGAAGAAGUCUUCCAGCUCACAUAAAAAUCUUUUGAGUGGAUUUUACCAUGACCAAAGAAAUUACAGCAGCCUUAGACAUAGCAAACCACUUUCUACCUAUCACCCUCGGUCAUCUUCCCUCUACAGCGAUCCUUUGGCAACAUCUAAGAGUUACAGGGUAUCUCCAGAUGUAAAUGCCGGUUUGAUAAGAAGUGCCAGUUUGGCAUCAUUGUGUGGUGAUGGAUUGCAUAAUUCAUAUGGCCAUUAUACUCCUUCUGAAUACAGUUAUUCUUCCAGAGCAAGUUCAGCACGAAGUAGUCCAGUGUUUACAGAUGAUGAAGCAGGGAGCACUGUAUCAUCUGAUCGUGCCAUGCGAGGGCGGAGGGAUAGCGUGUCAACUGACUUUUCAGAUCAUAGUGAAACUGCAGCUGAUUAUUUUAGCCGUUCAAAUCGUAGGGGAAGCAUUGUUUCUGACUUGGAUGAUGUCAGCAUUCCAGACUUGAACAUUCAAGAAGACAAGUGUGACAAGCAGUAUUCUGACUUCUAUGUAAGGCCAUCAUCUCGCAAUUCAGCAACUCCUUUGAGUGGAAAUUCAUCUAGGCGAGGAAGUGGGGAUACUGGCAGUUUGGUGGAUCCUGAUACCUCGUUAAGUGAAUUGCGGGAUAUCUAUGAUCUUAAGGACCAGAUACAAGAUGUAGAGGGGAGAUACAUACAGGGCCUUAAAGAGCUAAAGGAGUCUCUUGCUGAAGUAGAAGAAAAAUACAAGAAAGCAAUGGUUUCUAAUGCCCAACUGGAUAAUGAGAAAAACAAUUUGAUCUACCAAGUGGAUACUCUGAAGGAUGUCAUUGAGGAAAGAGAGGAGCAGUUAGCAGAAUACUACAGGGAAAAUGAAGACAAAUCUAAGGAAUUGGAAAGGCAGAAACACUCGUGUUCUGUUCUGCAGCAUAAGGUGGAUGAACUAAAAGAGGGCCUUCGCCAAAGAGAUGAACUAAUAGAGGAGAACCAACGCAUGCAGCAGAAAAUAGAGUCUCUAACCAAAGAGGUGUUUGACCUCCAGGAGACAGUUAAUUGGAAAGAUAAAAAAAUUGGGGCCCUAGAGAGACAGAAAGAGUACUUUGACUGCAUUAGGAUUGAGCGAGAUGAGCUCAGAGAUGAGCUGGCUGACCUCAAGGAAACAAUGAAGACAGGAGAGAAACAUGGAUUAGUUAUAAUCCCAGAUGGCACUCCGAAUGGCGAUGUCAGUCAUGAGCCGGUGGUUGGUGCAAUAACUGUUGUAUCACAGGAAGCUGCUCAGGUGUUGGAAUCAGCAGGGGAAGGACCACUAGAUGUUAGGCUACGAAAGCUAGCAGGAGAAAAAGAAGAGUUAUUGUCACAGAUUAAAAAACUCAAGUUACAGUUGGAAGAGGCACGACAGUCUUCUAGAAAUGAUGGCACAAAUACUGAUAUAACAGGAUUGGAAAACGGUUCUGAUUUGCAGUUAAUUGAAAUGCAGAGAGAUGCCAACAGGCAAAUAAGUGAAUACAAAUUUAAACUUUCAAAAGCUGAACAGGAUAUAACUACGUCAGAACAAAAUAUUUUAAGACUAGAAGGACAAGUAUUAAGAUACAAAACUGCUGCAGAGAAUGCGGAAAAAGUAGAAGAUGAACUCAAAGCAGAAAAAAGAAAACUUCAGCGAGAGCUAAGAACAGCAUUGGACAGGGCAGAAGAGAUGGAGAUGACCAACAGCCACUUAGUAAAAAGGUUGGAGAAGAUGAAGGCAAACAGAUCAGCACUUUUAUCUCAACAGUAGAAAGGAAUUUAAAACAAUUAUGCACUGCUCCUUGAAAUAACUCCCCCUAGCUUGUUUUAAUACAGACUUUCUUUGGCACAAACUUCAAACACUGAGCUUUUC